AUGUCAGAUGCUUUAAAGAAGAAUAACCUCUAUAUCUAUGAUCUAUCUUCGGAUGUUUUAUCAUCCUUGGAAUUGAUGGUCUUUGAUGGGCUUGUCUCUGAAGUUUCGAAACAGGAACCCAUCUCAACUACUGUAGACCAGGCUCCAAUUGAAAGCGGUUCUAAGAAAUGUACUUCAUGUGGAAUCGAAUUAGAAUCUUUGGAUUUGUCACGAGCCCAUUUCAAAGGUGAUUUUCAUAGAUAUAAUCUUAAAAGGAAAAUAAAUGGUCUUGCUGCCAUUCCAUCUGAAGAAUUUGAUGCAAUCACAGCAGCUAGCGAUGUUGAGAGUAUAUCAUGGUCGGAGAGUGAUAGCUCGAGCGAUAAGUCUGAUGUUGAAGAUAUCUACAGCGGUGUUACGGAUAAAUUGUCUACAAUCUUCGAGAAUGAGAUGAGAAACCUCAACAUCUCACAGGAAGAGAAGCAGGAAGGGGAAUCACUCCUUCCUAGCCACUUGAACACAAGGUCUGCGCUGCUUUUUCUAAAGUCUAAGCUCUUGAAAGCGAACAAAUUAUUUGGGAUUUACAAGCCUUUGUUCAACGCUGAAACCAUCCUUAACCCGCUGGAAACAAUAAACCUAUGGAAACAGGAAGAUCAAUCUAGGAAACAAUCUGCAUUAUUUAUGAUCGGUGGGGGACAUUUUGCUGGUGCAAUUGUCUCUCAUCAAAGAUCUACUCUUACUGGAACAUCGCGGAACUCAUCAGGAUCACCGCAAGAACAAUGCGUCAACUUUUUAGUGUCUAAAACAUUUCAUAGGUAUACCACUAGAAGGAAACAAGGUGGCUCACAGUCUACUAUGGAUAAUGCAAAGGGGAAAGCUAAUUCGGCAGGCUCUUCAUUGCGUCGCUACAAUGAAGCUGCUUUAAAGAAUGAUGUCCAAGUAUUGUUGAAACAAUGGGAGCCUUAUUUGAGUAAGUGUGAAAAUAUAUUUAUUAGGGCAAAGAGUGCUUCUGAUAAGAAGAUAUUCACUGAAGGAGACGUGUGCUUAAAAAAAGGUGAUCCAAGGAUUAAAUCAUUUCCAUUCACUACCCGAAGACCGACUACCAAUGAAUUAAAGAGAGUUUGGUGUCAGUUAACAUAUCUACAAAUAGCUGAGAAACCAAGACCUGUUUUAAAAGAUCCAAGAUCUGUGAACAAGGUUAUAGCCACUCCAAAAGAAGACAAUAAAAUUACUGAACAAGUAUUAACACCCGCAGAAAAACACACUCACGAAUUGAUAACCCUCCUAAAGAAAUCAAGGGCUCCUCAAUUGGUAACGUAUAUCAAAAAGAAUCAAAUUGAUGUGAAUUUCGUUUUAGAGCCUGUUAAAGAGUAUAUACAGACACCGACUAUGCUUCACUUUGCUGCAUUUAACUCACUGAAAAACAUGGUCCUUAUUCUUUUAUCCACUUUAAAAUGUAAUCCUACAAUUGAGAACGAAUUUGGAAAAACAGCUUGGGAUUUAGGUAAGAAGAAGGAUGUUAAACAAGCCUUUCAGAUUGCAAGAUAUAAUUUAGGUGAGUCUUUCGUGGAUUGGGAAAAGUCCCAUAUUGGCAAGCCCUUGAGCAGAGAAGAAGUAAAUGAAAUGAACCAAAAAGAAGCUGAACAAGAACAACAAGAGGUGGAAAAAGUAAUAAAAGAAGAAUUGGAAAUUGUUAGAGGACAACAAAAAAAACAGCAAGAGUUAAAGCGGGGUGUUGGCAGAAUGCUCAGUCAGCCGACAGACUUGGAAAGAACUAUGAACUCUCUGACUGAUGACCAAAGAAUGAAGCUAAUGCGUGAGCAAAGGGCAAGGGCCGCUGAGGCGCGGAUGCGUCAAAAUUUGCAGAAAUAA